AUGUCUCAACUAAAGAAAACGAAUCUUAAUUCAGUCAAAGAUUUACAAAAGACGACUGACGAAAACUUGAACUCAGUAUUACAACAAUUGGGGUAUGAGGAAUCAUUCGCUAUAACUGAUCUCAAACUAGGACUUGGUUUAUCAACAGUUGUUGUUGCUGGUUUAUUGUUUCUUGCUGAUAAAAAAUACAAAUUCAAACAAAUCUACUCUAUAACGGUGGCAGCUUGUGUUAUUUACGGAUUUCUUAAUGUAAUUUUAUUCUUGAUCAAUUUGAAAUACAAGAAUGUCAAAUACAUUGGUGUGGACUCCAAGGGAAAUAAAAUAACAAUUGCCUCAGAUAUCAAAAAAUACGAACCUAAUUACAAUGUCACCAUUACCUUCAAAGACACGGUUGUCACUGGAUCAAUACCGUUUAAUAAGUUUUUCGAUGUUAUUGGAUACUUUAAUAGAGACGAAUUCACCACAUUACUCAGUGAUGAAAUAUCCAGAGCGGGAAAGAAGAAUGAAUAA